UGGUGUGUGUGCCCCGUUUAUCGUCAGCUCCUCUCCUAAAGGAUGCAGAGUUUAUUUUGAAACCGGAUACCGGAAGUGCCAACUUUUCGUGUUUUCUGUGUAUUUGACCAAUAGGCUACAUUUCUGUCCAUGCAUACAGGUGUGCACGGCUGCGCAUACCGGAGCAGCGUGGGAUCGGAUGUUUGCGUUAGACUCGUCUGAUUGUCAGUGUGACACGGACGGAAAGGAGCCUUCCUCCCCACCAGCGGAGCGGCUUCUGUCUGCAAACCGCGCAACUAGGGCAUGCAUUCAGUCAGCACACAGCAGCGGCACCGCACCAACAAACCGCUGUGAUCUGAGAGCCUCUGCACGGCGACGGCUCGCUCUUUCGUAACGGAGUCGGGGCAGCUUCAGCGUUUGCGGGACAAUUUCGAGCUUUGAGUAUAGGAACAGGUCUGUGGAAAGGCAGGCGUGUGUCGGAGGGUUUGCAUCCCCUCUUUUUGUUGUUGUUGUUUUUUUUAACCCCCUGCGUAUUGCUCUCUGGUUUUCAUCCCGGAUCCCGCAAGAUGCAGCCUCUUACCUGACAGAUCUGUGGCACCACAGCUGCUGCUGCUGCCUACAGCUCUCCUGUGGUCAUCAUCAUCAGAGAUCUGUCACUUCAAACAGGACAAGACAGACUUCGGCUCAUCAUCGAAAGUGGCCCCUGUCAAGAGAGGAACCUGCUGAAGAUGACUUCAUCCGAGCCGAUUGCCUGAAAAGCAGCAUGAGAUAACUGAGGACUAUCACGCAAACUGCUGAUUCGAGCUAUUUUCUCUUUUGAGGGAUGACGAUGUUCCUGUGUGUGAGCUGACUGACCGGGGGGCGUUAAGAGGGCUGGGGGUUGCUGUGGUGUUCAACCACGGGGACACAGCCCAGCAGCUCAGACCCAGACACCGCCGGAGAAAGAUGGCUCGCCCCGGGUCGGGGCUGCUGGUGCCCAUGAAUGGCGUGGGGUACCCGCCUCAGAACCUGGCCAGGGUGGUCGUCUGGGAGUGGCUGAACGAGCAUGGGCGCUGGAGGCCGUACAACGCGGCGGUGUGCCACCACAUCGAGAACGUACUGAAGGGGGACGCCAGGGGAAGCGUGGUUCUUGGGCAGGUGGAUGCCCAGCUCUCCCCUUACAUCAUCGACCUGCAGUCUAUGCACCAGUUUCGGCAGGACACAGGCACCAUGAGGCCCGUGCAGAGGAACUUCUACGAGCCGUCGUCAGCCCCAGGGAAAGGCGUGGUGUGGGAGUGGGAGAACGACAACGGCUCGUGGACGCCGUACGACAUGGAGAUCUGCGUGACCAUCCAGAAUGCCUACGAGAAGCAGCACCCGUGGCUGGACUUGACCUCUCUGGGCUUCUGCUACCUCAUCGACUUCAACAGCAUGUCCCAGACGAACCGGCAGAGUCAGCGCAAGCGCCGCCUUCGGAGACGCAUGGACCUGGCGUACCCUCUCAUCAUGGGCUCCAUUCCCAAGUCCCAGUCGUGGCCCGUGGGCGCCAGCUCUGGCCAGCCCUGCUCGUGCCAGCAGUGCAUCCUGGUGAACAGUACAAGAGCUGCCUCCAACGCCAUCCUGGCCUCUCAGCGGCGUAAGCUCCACGGAGGGACGGCUGGCAACUCGGGCGCCACGGGAGCCCUCGGCGGCGUGCGGCAGAGCAACACCUUCGCUGGAACCUCCCUGUGGUCCCCGACGUCCGGCUCCUCCGGUGCCAACCACAAUAACAUAAGUGCGGGAGGUGGGCAGUCGAAAGCCGAACAGGUGCAGUCGCCGCUGUCUUCUGCCAACUUCCCCUGCUCCCCGGUGAUGACAUCGCUUUCAUCCUCCCACGGUCACCACGCGCUCACCAUCAACGGACAGAACAAUCUGAACCGGCCAGGCACCCAGCGGAUUUCCAUGGGGACCACCAGAGGAGCCAUCCCACCUGGUGUUCCUGCUUUACCAGUGAAAAAUCUGACCGGGUCUGGACCUGUGCACCCAGCGCUAGCAGGCAUGACAGGUAUCCUGAUGUGCGCUGCAGGUCUACCCGUUUGUCUGACUCGAGCUCCAAAGCCUAUUCUGCACCCACCACCCAUCAACAAGAGCGACAUGAAGCCUGUGCCAGGGAUCAAUGGCAUGCGGCGCAAAACCAAGAAGAAGCACCUGAAGAGAGGUAAAACCCCGGAGGAUGUGGUCCGAAGAUACACAGAGAAGAUUAAAGUGGUGCCAGAUGAGGACUGUACCAUCUGCAUGGAGAGGCUGGCGAUGUCAUCAGGCUACGAAGGCAUCCUGCAGCACAAAGGCAUCAAGCCAGAAUCGGUGGGCAAACUUGGCAAAUGUGGUCACAUGUACCAUCUGCUGUGCCUGGUGGCCAUGUACAACAAUGGCAAUAAGGACGGCAGCCUGCAGUGCCCAACGUGUAAGACAAUCUACGGGGAGAAAACAGGCACCCAGCCCCCUGGGAAGAUGGAGUACCACGUCAUCCCCCACUCUCUGCCCGGCUACUCGGAAUGCAAAACUAUCCGCAUCGUGUACGACAUCCCCGCCGGGAUCCAGACCAAUGAGCAUCCCAACCCCGGCAAGAAGUUCAGUGCGAGAGGCUUCCCUCGACACUGCUACCUCCCCGACAACGAGAAAGGCAGGAGGGUCCUAAAACUCCUCAUCAUGGCUUGGGACCGCCGCCUCAUCUUCACCAUCGGCACAUCCAGCACCACGGGAGAGUCGGACACGGUCGUGUGGAACGAGAUUCACCACAAGACGGAGUUUGGCUCCAACCUGACCGGCCACGGCUACCCUGACCCCAACUACUUGGACAACGUCUUGACGGAGCUGUCGGCCCAGGGCGUCGGCGAGGACAAUCUGAAGGACUGAUGCGCCGGCCACAGCGGCGACCAGCAACACAGCAUCCUUCAGAGAACAAGGGACAAUGCAUGAUGUGCCAGUUCCAAGUCUGGCAACUCCUUAACAGCUUACAACCUGAAACGUUCUUCAGAAGUGGCUGACUAAGAGCAAUAGAAGCAGAAACCAAUGGUCCAGAUUUAUGUUUGAUCUCCACCCAGCUGUCUCCCGAUCCAGGCCUUGAGGAUGUCGAGUCCCGCCGCGAUGAGCUCCCUCCCUCUGAGAGGAGGAUGUGAGGAUGGUUUUAUACUCGUGUCGGAAGCCACGGGCCUCAGUUUGCACGUAACCCCUUUUAGACUUAAACCUCUAAAGCGCUCUGCACUUAUGAGUUGGAAGGUCAGGGUCCAAAUCAGACAUAUUUUAAAGGCUAAGCUUUCGAAUGCAUGACCCCGACUAAUGCUGCAUAAUGAAUGUUGAGCAAAUACGGCAGGAUAAGCCGUUGCCUGUCAUAACAAAGAUACGCAGGAGAGAACUAUAACUGUAUUUUGUUUUUGCUUUGCUAUUUUUGCCUUUACAACCAACAAUUGCAGUACAGUGUUUUGCAAAAGUAUUCACACCCCUGGUCACUUUAUUCCCACAAGCUUCAAAUUGGGAUUUCGUACGGCAAGCUCACAACAAGGUAGCGCAUAGUUAAGUGAAAUGGAAAAUGAUGGUUUUGAAAAUCAAUUAUAAAUAACCCUCUACUACAACUACUGCAAUUCUUUUGGGAUAGAUAUCUAGGUCUGGACAUUGACUGAGCCAUCGAACUCGUUAACUUGUGCUUCUGUCUCUGCCAUUCUGUUGUGGCUCUCAGUGUUUGCUUAGGGUUGUUGUCCCGAUGAGCCUGCGCUCGUCUUCAGAUUCUUCUGUGUUUUCUUCCAUUACUGCCGUUUAAUGAGCUCCAUUCGUUAACUCAUUAACGCCAACCAGCUUCUCCGCCCCGGCUGAAGAAGAUUAUGCUGCCGCCAUCUUGUUUCGCCUUGGGGAUGGUGUGUUCAGGGUAAUGUGUGGUGGUAGCUUUUUUUUUAUUGUUAUCAUUUAUUUAUUUGCACACAUAGUUUUGCAUCUGUUGCAAGAAAACAUGUUUAAUUUUAGUCCAGUUUGACCAGAGCUGCUCCUUUCAUUCAAAGUUUAGAUGGGGGCGUCUUAAACAACGUCUUCAAACAAUGUGGCUCUUUACGUUGCAGAUCAAUGCUCUGCUUGCCUUUAAACGUCUCGACAACUUUCUCUCUGUGUUCUUUGACUUUGUGAUGCUGUUUGUUCACUAAUGUCUGCUGAGGCCUUCACAGAGCAGCAGGACGCCCUGAUAGCCGUUUACUACUUAUAUGAAGGCAGAUGGUUACGGUGCGUUUUGUUUACAGUUGUCAGAGGUGACUUGAUGACAUUUUCGAGUGCAAAAAUUAUUUCCCUUUCACUGCACAACUUUGCAGUCAUUUUAGUUCAUCUCCACAAAGAAAAAUACAAAUAAAAAUACAGUUGUCAUAUACAGUUACAGUUGUAACAUAACAAGCUGUGAGAAGACCAGGGGGUGUGAAUACGAAGCAAACGGCCUGGGCAACUUUUAAGGUGAAGAUCCCUGAUUUGGCGAAAGCUAUUUAAGGUCAUCUUUAGCUUUUAUUUAUAUUUCUUUGCCAAUUGGUAUUCUGCAAAGUGCUUAGAUGUCUGAGAGGUGCAGACCCCCGGAGGGGUCUCACCGGCCGAAACGAAGCCUGCAACAGGAUGUCGAGGUUGUGCAGCAGGAUUUUGUUGAAGGCCAAACUCAUCCGCUUCGUUGGCGAUGCUGAUGAGGCUGACCUCUGCGAACAGAAAGCCUGCUUUAUUAUUAUUCUCCACUGUCGGAAGAACAGUCACUCCCGACCAUACGGGAGGCGCGAGAGCGCGAUCGCCUGCUAUGAGGCGUCGCAGUGCUGGUUCUAAGUCCUUGAGUGGAACAGCUGAGUGCCCAGAUGGACGUUCCUCUCUCGGACACCAACGAUUUUUCCUUUUCUGAGCUCCAUUGCGGGGCUCGCCUGCAAUACUGCAAUGUUUCCCUGUAGGGCAAGCAGGGAAACAUUUCAUUUCCCGACUGAGCUCAUGCAAAGUUGUUUUAAGCUGAUGCUGACGCAUGGCUUCCACCUCACUUCUUCUCAGCUGUAGAGUUAAAGAGGGGUGCAAAAUUUCAUCUUCCGUUUUGGCAGAGAAGGCUUUUUUCUUUCUCCUGCAUCCUCCUCAUUUGUAGUAUCUGAGAGCUUGAGCUUCUCAAGGCCCUCAUAAUGUUUCUUUGCAACCUAUCGGUGGAUAAUCCUCCUGAGUGUAUGUGAUCAAUUCGAUGAGUUGGGCCAGGGGCUGAAUCAUAGUCUUCCAUAGCACCUUGAGGCAACUUUUCUGUGUAAUCAGUCUUUUUAUUUUAUUUUAUUUCAUUUAGAAGAUGUCUAAAAUUACUAUUUACUAUCUUUUUUUUAAGUUGAUGUUUAUAAAACUGGCUUGCGAUGCUUUAAAGAAAAAAAAAAAAAAUAUAUAUAUAUAUAUAUAUAUAUAUAUAUAUAUAUAUACAUAUAUAUGUAUGAUAUAUAAUUGCAGAUGUGAUAUACCUUUAAUUUUGAGCUCAGUUUGAGUCGGUGGCGUAAGUUUAGUUUAUUUUUAUACUCUUAUAUAUACUGGAAAAAAAAGAUUGUCCUACAUAUUUAUACGCAAACACAUGUCAAAAUGGAUCCUGGCAAAGUUUGUCAGUUUGUCAGGGACUGAAACGUGCGUGACAUGUCAUGAGCGUUGUAUAUUACAAGUAGUGUUAGGAAGCGUCUGUCGUUACCUUAAUGUAGAAUCUGCUUUGCUGAUUGCCUGUCGGACGCCAGUAAAUUCAGUAAAUUGACUUUUAUUAUUGGCAAGGGAAGGUUAGCAUGAAGAUAUUUUUUCUGUUUUCUAUUUUUUUUUUUUUUUUUUUUUUCAAUGAGUUAGGCCACUUUUACUCUUCUUCUACCUGCCCAGAACUUGAAAUCCUGUCUGUGCAGUCUGAAGGCGAAAUUGCAGAUAUAAAUGUAAGAGGAUGUUUUAGCAAAAUGAAACAUUAGACCAGCAUGUAAACCAAAUCAAAGACCAUAAAAACAAGGAGGUAUCAUCUUUAUCAUCAGUCGUCAUUGUUCGUUUGCAAUAAUGUGAGUAGGAAAGAAAUUCCCAGUCUAAUAAUUUAACACUCAGCCCAACAAGACAACCCAAAAAAAUGCUUAGCAUAUUUCUUACAAGUUAAUGUUUCUGGUCAUAUAAGACAAUCAAACAAGCAGAAAGAAACAUCUGCGCAUUGUUGCUUGGAAGUAGGAAUAUUUCCAUCAGAUCAGCCAUGGUGUCAAAUAAUUCUAAAAUAAAGUAACACAUGCUGAUGGUGUAUAAAAUACGUUUAUGUGAAAGGAAUUUGGACGUGUAUCUCCCUCCCUAUGUCUUUGGUACCCUGGGUUCAGAUGUGGUAUGGAAAAUGAAAAGAAAAACAAAAGUAUAUGUAGUGACUAUUUGUCCAAAACUCAAAUUCAAAAAUCAAAAAACAUAAGACUUAAAGGUGAUCAAAACAAAAGGUGAAUCCAACUCUAAUAGUCACCUGAAGCACCAUGGGUUUGUGGCUGACGCAGUCCAAAAAGAUCAAAAAAGUCAAAACGCACUUCUUUGUUUUACUCCGUAUUCAGGCAAAACUAGUUACAGGAUUCUGCUGCUCUGAUUCCUGCACCUGUUCUCUGACUGGUUGACUGAUGACUGACUGGUAGCCUGGCAACUGGUGACCGACUGAAGUGACUAACUGGUUGACUGGAGACUGGCCGACUGGUUAAAAAAAAACCUUAUGACCACCCAUGUGCAUAAUGACCUUCCUAAAACCUAUUUAUACCAUGAAGCACCCACUGAAAACCCAAAAUGAAAUGAAUUAACUAAUUAAGUGAAUUACUAACCAAAGAACUUAUAUAAAUAACAAAUUAAACAAAAAUUCAAAUUGUAAAUCAACUAGAAAAUAAGCAAAUAAAAAUUAACUAAAAAAUCUAAAUUGUAAGAAUUAACUGAAAACAGAGAAAUACCUACAAUGUAGUUCUUUUUAGUCGAGAUAAAAUAAAUUCCACUUUGAGUGAAAUUUGCUUUAUUAUUUAUUUGUUUUUAUUUUAUUUUAUCUUUUAAAAAUUACAGGUACCACAAUUAUUGGAACUCCUUGCAAUUCAUUAUGAUGAAUUAACACAAGCAUUUUUAUUUCUUCACAUCUUACUCCGAUCCGCUUAGGUAAAUUAUAGUUAGUCGAUAUGAUGCAGAGGCCAGUAUGCGCUUAGCCACACCUAAAUGGGAAAGACAAGAGAACAUACCUUCCCAGUUGGGAUGCAGCAUAUUAAUCAUUAUGAUUCAGAAAAUAGCUGAAAGAAAAAAAAUACUGGAACUGCAACAAAUAAUCUGAGUGUGAGUUUUGCCAGUAAGAGUUUAGCUGAAUCUAGAUUUAUCUUUUGGCCUUGACACUUGGUUUAUAAGGGACAGGAUGUCCCAAUAAAAGAUGAAUUUAAGAGUUUUAACACAUCUUCACCAGGGCUACCAAUAAGUGUGUAGGGUACAAAGGAUUGCAUGACACUAAAGAAUGUGUUAAAUUUCCUCGAUUGAUGAGUAGAACCUAAACAAGAUUAAAUAUACAUAUAUAUAUAUAUAUAUAUGUUUGAUAAUACAUAACCUUGGUGAACUACCAAGACAAAUUGUUCUAAACUUCCACGUUAAAUGUAAAUUAACAGAGGACAAAACCACAGAAAAGCUCCAUUCCUCUAUAAAUAUCUGCAGUACCGUCAGUCACCAGCGGCUGGAUAACACACUGUAGGCAAAAAGCUGAAAUAAAAGGCUUGUGUCUGUGGAGUUAUCCUGAACUGUGUGUGUACAACAUGAGUGCAGUGAAACCCAUUGCCAAGCUGUUAGCUGGAAAACAAGUAUGUAGGCUCAUAGCAAGAACAAAAGCUGUGACCUCGAUCCCCAGAACCAAAGACAUCAGCUGUUGGAGAUGUACAAAAGGUAUUUAUUAUCUAAAUUGUCCUGCAAUUUUUUGUGUUACCUGUUUUAAACAAAAAAAAACAAAAAACUUCUGAAGAACUACAGUGCAAUGUUUGACCCCUGGUGUUAAAAACGGUCACUGUUCCAGGAGUUUCCUCCUUCGCACCUUCCUGACAAAAAAAAAGAAGAAGGAAAUAAAUAUAGAAAAAGAUAAAUAAAUAAAUGGGACAGCAAGAGAGAAAGCUGUGAAUCAGGGAUUUUUUUUUUUUCUUCGUUCUUUCGAUGUCGGAUGAAGUUUCAGUAACGGAGAGAAAAUUAUCUGCCUGAAUAAAAAGAGAGAGAAGGCUUUUAUGCAAUUUCCUAUUUUUGAGCUCUAGUAUGUGGCUUGUCUGUAGCAGGACGGCAGAUUUCUGGUUUAUAUGACAGCGGAUGUUUCCUUUGUCGUUUGCCUACCUCCUGGUUUAUGAGCAAAGGGGGUUUCAGUCUGAGGACAUUAAUGUGCUAUGUAUUUGAAAACAUAUAUUUUUAUGUAUUUUUUAAUGAUUGUCUCCAAAAGGAAUCUUAUGUAACAUUACUGCUUCGUUCUGUUUAUUCACUUCAUAUGUUGCAUUUGAUUAGAGGCGGAAUAAGUGGUCAGAGCUAUAUUACAUAAUAUAUUUACAGCCGUAUUCUCUUGUAGUGUUUGCUGAAAACUGUGGAAAUAGUUGGGGGGGGGGUUCUAUGUGUGUGUGGGUGUGGGUGUGUGGCAGGUAGGUGUCCAGUAAACAAAACUUAUGUUCAUGUCCUUUCAAGAUGCAGUAAUGUUCUCCUAGAGGUGCAUGUCAGCCAAACUGUAAGUGUAUUGACAAUGCAUAGUUCUGUCUAUGAAAACAUCAUAGUGUCUUCUGGAAAAAAAAGAUUGAUUUAUUGAAUUCUUUAGUUAGAAAGAUCUUAUCGCCUAUAUUGGUUUUGAUUUACAGGCACAUCUGUAUAAAUAAAAAAUAUCAUCAA